GUGGAAGCACUGAGACGAAAAGGAUAUGAUGUGCGUUGGCUGGACAGAAAUUCUCGAAGGGUUCUGGUGGACGCGACAAAUGUUGCUGAUAAAUCUAUCAAUUUUGAGGAAGAGCCGACCGUAGUGAUAGUGAUCGAAAGGAUCUUCGGGCAAGAACAAUUUACAGUUCAUCUCAAUACUACUGUACCGGCAGACAAGGAUUUCGAUUGGAAAGUGUUCAGAAAGCAUUUGACCAAAUGUAAAGUGUUAAAUAUCGAGGAUUUGGUAUGGAGUGUUCUUCAACUUGUACAGAGAUGGAAGACUCGUACUGGUAAGCGAAUGGAGCUGCAGCUGGAGUUGCAGCGACCAUCCCAGUGGAGUGAACAUCUUCGCAAGUAUAACGUCAGGGAAUUCAUGAGCUGGGUGGGUUUCCAUCUGCCAUCUUUU